AUGGACCACCAGGCCACAGGUUCCUCCUCCGUAGCUGAUACCUGGUGCGCGACGUUCAUCGAAAAUGAAAAGGAUCUCUGUCCUCCUCCACGUGAGCACGACUUUCACUUCGUCAAGGUAGACACAUGUGAAGAUGUGAUCACGCCUGGAUCAUCAAGCCGCAUUAAUUCGUGCGUGACCCAGUACCCCAGCAUGGAGAACGCCAUCGUGACAUACGACGGAUGGGACGGGAAAUACCCAGCACCUCCAAGUUGCCGCAUCAUCUAUACCUGCCCUAAGCCCUUAAGGUUCAAUGACGGGUCGGACAUCCACAAUGCCACCUGUUCCUCUCGGAUCGAUGGCGCCUGGGACAGCUCCUUUCACGACAGGCAUGUUCGAUGCCAAGAAUCGUGCGUGACCCAGUACCCCAGCAUGGAGAACGCCACCGUGACAUACGACGGAUGGGACGGGAAAUACCCAGCACCUCCAGGUUCCCGCAUCAUCUAUACCUGCCCUAAGCUCUUAAGGUUCAAUGACGGGUCGGACAUCCACAAUGCCACCUGUUCCUCUCGGAUCGAUGACGCCUGGGACAGCUCCUUUCAAGACAGGCAUGUUCGAUGCCAA